AAAAUGUUUCAGUUCAACUUUCUUUAGAGGGGAGAGAAGCAGCGAGAAGGAGCUGCCUGCCUUCAAACUGGGAACUGGACGUACUGGAGUUACUGGACUUUCUUACAGUAGUUUAAUAGUUUAAAACUCAUCUCUGAUGACUGUGCUUGUUUUUUCUAACCUCUGGUUUUAGCUGUAGUUUAGCGGGAAGUGAGAAACUCGGGACUGAAGAUGGGGAGAUAGCCUGGAGACGGAGCUGACAUGUUUGAGAGGGUCGACGGCUGAGUCAAUAAGGAGGCUCUCUUCUGUUGUUUUCUAGCUGACAAACUAGCAAACACAGUCCAACAAGAAGGCUGGCUCAUGUCCGCGGAGACGGUCUUACCUCCGGAGGGGCCUGCAGGGCCAGAGCAGGAGCUGCAGCAGCAGGAGACCAGGCUGCUUCUGGAUAACUCCCAUGACACGUGUACAAAUGAAAAUAAUGAAUCAUCUGCGACUGCAGACACAGCCAGAAUUCCAGCUUCCAGGGAACAUUCGGCUGAUGAACAGGGCGAUGUUUUAGAGGAAAACCACACUCAUGGCGACCUUGUAAGAACCCAACCUCAGCCACUGGCUAAGCCUCACCCAGCAGCAUGUCUACAGCAGCCCAGUGAGGGAGAGGGUGCCAGGCUGCACAAUGGCCUUCAUGCAGGGCUGAGUAAUGGACACAGAAUGCCCCGCGGGGGCACACAGCCUGCAGCUGCUGCCACCGCCGCCGCUGCUUCUUCGUCUGAGAGCAGAAAGCAUCCGUCUCCUGUCUCUCAGCGCAUGCAGAAGAAGCUCCGCUCCAGCCUGUCCGUCAACAGCGACAGCAGCAGGAGGAGCAAAGGCAGCUCCACUGGUUCACACAAACCUGGCUCCUCUCCAGAGGACUGCUGUGUUCAUUGCAUCCUGGCCUGCCUUUUCUGCGAGUUCCUCACCCUUUGUAACAUGGUGGUGGCUCAGGCGUCCUGUGGCACCUGCACUUCGGAGGCAUGCUGCUGCUGCUGCUGCGCAGAUGACCUGGGAGAUGACUGCAACUGCCCCUGCGACAUGGACUGUGGCAUCAUGGAUGCCUGCUGCGAGUCGUCCGACUGCCUGGAGAUCUGUAUGGAGUGCUGCGGAAUCUGCUUCCCCACAUAAGGCUCUGAUCACCUACAGCCAGAGCAGACAAUGAGACAGACCAAAGAGGGAGAGAGAAUGUACAUAGAUUCCUGUAUGUAUUUGUAUUUGUAUGUUUGUAUGUCUGUUUUGUAUGUGUGUGUCUUUGUAUGUAUGAGUGCUUCACAUUUUUCUCCAGUGGAAAAAUGCGCCUCUGGACUUAAUCAAGUUGGUUAAGCUGACGCUUUCCAGACUGAAAAAGACAAUUACAUAUUCAUGUAGAGGACAAUGUAAAAUACAUUUAUUGUUCUGUUUUGUCGAGACGUGUCAAAUAUGCUAAUAACUCUUUUACUUAAAGUAUUAUAGAGUCUUUCCUUUAACUGUCAUUUUAUACAUAUUGUUUCCAUAAUUUCAUCCUUUUUCAGAGGUCCUUACGUCUUAUUGAAUCUAGUUUUUUAAUACAGUCAGAUUUGCGGAAUGCAGAUGUUCUUAGCCUACAAGGGCAGGCUUCAAAUGAGUUUGGUCUGCCCUGAACAACACUGUAAUUUCCACAGAGGCAUGACUUUUCACACUGUCAGACGUCAAAGCUUUGUGGGUGUUAUAUGGGAGUCUUAUUUUGGACUUGCUGAAAAUUACUUGUGUUUUUUCUUUUUCUUUUUUUUUAACUGAAGGUCUGUUUGGUAGGGCCUCCUCUAAGCACUGUCUACUGUAGCUUGCUUUAUUACAGGGCCAUAAAGUUUUAAAAUGAGUUUUCCAUAAAACUGACAAUGAAAUGAUGGAAAACCGUAACAAACAUUUGUGAAUGUUGGCAUGUAAAUACAUCUUGGAUCUAGUCAAUCAAAUGUCUGUAAGAAUAUUUUACAGUAAUACAGCUGAUUUCAGCAUUUGUAUUUAACUUUUUUAUUUUUAUUGGUUUUAACCAAUAAAUUUAACCAAUAAGGAACAACAAAGAACAUGAGUUAACAGACUCUUGGCUGCAGCCAAAGUAAGCUGCAUUUUUGUGCUGCAACAUCAUAGAAGGCUGUUUCAAAUUGAAGACCCCUUUGUAUACAGCCAAGAAAUGCAGCUUACAUUCAAAGUGAUUUCGAGGACACAGCUGAUGUAUCUCUCCAGGCCCUUCUUUUGCACAUACAACAUAAAGGAAAAAAAAACAGAAACAUAAAAAUGGAAGAAAUUGAAACAUUGCAAUUGAGUACAUUUAAAAUGUUAGCUGGUAUAAUUAUAAUUAAUUUAAUUUAAUUUAAGAAAUGAAGAAGCGAGUUGUGCAAUGCAGCAGACUCUUAUUUCUUCCACAGGUUCUCUCACAUUUGAAUCCCACAAACAGGUCAUGGGUUCAAGAUUUGUUUAUAUUAUUAUUGUUUUUUUAUUAUUAUUAUUAUAUCAUUGUGUUUUUACUAGCAUGGCUAAUCCAAAACAGUACAGGGAUAUACUGUUAAUGCCUAUUUUAGAAUAAAUAAAACCAGCACAAUACACAACACCAGUGUACCAUUUUACAUACAAAAAGUGGACAAGAGUAAGGUUUAACAGCCCUGACCUAGAAUAUAGCAACCACAAAAAUGUAGAUUUACACAAAUUUAACUUUCACCAGUGAAUCAUUUCGAGAAAUAGGUCAAAUAAUCUUAAAUAGUUUUACAACUAUAUGAAAUAAGAUGAAAUCUAGCUACUAGCUACAACUACUAGGUUCAAGAUGUGUAUAUUUAUGCCACAAUAUGUUUUAUUAUGAAGAAAGAAAAUUGUAGUUGGGUACAUUCCUUUUGGUCCAAUUUAAGAAGACCUGCUCCCAUUAACAUUCCAUUCAUCUGAGUCGUUACGUUUUUACUGUAUUUUCUUCCUUUGUUUUUUCUUACACACUGUCUUCAUUUUAUUACUUUAUGAACUAGUUUCCUUAUUCUCUGAUGAUGUAACACCAAAGCACUUUCUUAUCUUCCCUGAAAUGCUUAUACUGGACAUGUAUAAUCAAAACAAAUUCCACCUUUCUGAACAAGCACUUGAGGUCAGUUUUACACAUUGGCCUUGCCAUAGAUCAAUCAGUAUAAACAAGUUGUGUGAUGCUGACAAACAUGUUUUGCUUUCCAAGUAUGUUAUAUAAGUUUUUGGUACGCCAUUUUUGUUUUUAAAAGUUUGUCUGAUUCAUCUCUGUCUUUUAAAUACUUGCUAUAAACUGCACUCCUCGCAGAGGAAUUGGAAAGAUUAGAAUUAGAGCAUGGCAGUGAUUGCUGCAGUAAGCAGCUUUAUUUGACCUCAUGUUUCUCAGAGCACAAUUAUAACUCAGCUAAACUGUCCUGUUUCAGCUCUGAGCCAAUGCAGGGUAAUACUCCAUGUUUGUGUGGUCCUCUGGAUAGUCCUUCUAAUUUACUGUAUAAUUAGUAACCCUGAUCAGUGAACAGUGUAUUACAGACUUGAAAAGAUACAGCACCUCUGAAAGGGACAAUCUGCAAAAAGUAUUGAAACAGAUGUGAUGAACAAAAGAAAGUAUAAGAAUUUUGUCUAACUGGAUGCAAGUGCCAUAAAAUGAGUAUUAGAAGAAAUGUGAAUAAUAGGCUACCUUUCUUAGCUUUUGCAUAUUUAUCCUUGCAUUUUGUACUCUACGCACAACCUGGGCUCUGUUUUUUUUUUUUUUUUUUUUUUUAAAUAGCGUUGGGAUGUUAAAACAUUU